CCUCCUAACACACUCGCUGUCUUUCUGUCACUCGGUCUGGAGCGUGUGUGUGAGCGUGUGUGUGUGCCUGGAACACCCGAGCGCCAUGGAAGGAGCGUCCAAGCAGGGAGAGGAGCAUGCGUUGUCCCCGUUUGGCACGUCGGAGCCGGAGAGUCAGAGUCAGAGGCCACAGAAGAACAGCAAGCGUUGUAAAAUAAUCUCUGCGGUUAUAUUUCUCUGCUUACUCAUCCUCAUCCUUGCACUAGUAUUGUCAUAUCAACCUCCCCAAAAAGAUUCCUCAGGUGAACAGUGGCUUCGCCAAGAUGCAGCUAUGACAAGGGUAGAGCCACAGUGUCCACCAAGUUUCUCCAGGUCACCUCUCAUCCUGGUGUCCUUGGACGGCUUCCGUGCAAAGUAUCUAAAAGAUCAUGGCAGCCACCUACCCGUCAUCAGCAAGUUACGAGCUUUGGGUACAACCACUCCAAAUAUGAGAUCAGUGUAUCCAACAAAGACAUUCCCCAACCACUACUCUAUUGUCACUGGUCUUUACCCAGAGUCCCAUGGGAUAGUUGACAACAAGAUGUAUGACGUAACCCAGAAUGCAUUCUUCUCCUUGAAAACCGAAGAAAAAUACAACCCGAAAUGGUAUCAGGGAGAGCCGGUCUGGAUCACUGCCAUGCGUCACAAAUUAAGAACAGGAACAUUCUUCUGGCCCGGCUCAGAUGUCGCCAUCAAUGGUAGCUUCCCAGAUUUCUACAAAAUGUAUGAUAGAAGCAUCCCUUACGAAAUCAGAGUCUCGACGCUGUUUGACUGGCUGGAUUUAAGAGAAGGAGAACGACCUGACUUUUACACUUUGUACUUGGAGGAGCCCGACGCAUCAGGACAUCGUUAUGGCCCUGAAAGCAACGAGAUCGUCGAGGCCCUUAUAAAGGUGGACCGUAUUAUUGGAAAGAUCAUGGAUGGUCUGAAUGACAGGAACUUGCUGCACUGCGUCAACCUACUCAUAGUGUCGGAUCACGGUAUGGAAGAAGCAACAUGCGAAAGGGCAGAGUUUGUGUCUACGUACCAGAGCAACACUGAUGACUUCAAUGUCAUCCAAGGCCCGGCAGCUCGUAUCAGACCCAGCCGCCUGCCAGACGACUUCUUUUCCUUCGACUAUGAGGGAUUGGUGAAGAACCUGUCGUGCAGGACUCCAGAGCAGCCAAUGAAGGCGUUCCUUAAAGAGAAUCUCCCUAAACGCUUUCAUUUUGCCAACAAUGUGAGGAUAGAGAGAGGACACCUCUACAUGAAAGAAGGUUGGCAGGCAGCAUUAAACCGCAAGGAAGUCAAAUACUGUUCAGGAGGUUUCCAUGGCUCCGAUAACCUUUUCACCAACAUGCAGGCAAUCUUCAUCGGCUAUGGUCCUGGAUUUAAGAGUAACACAACUGUGCCGCCUUUUGAGAACAUUGAAUUAUAUAACCUCAUGUGUGAUCUUCUUGGCAUUCCUCCCGCUCCGAACAAUGGUACGCACGGAAGUCUGAACCACCUCCUGAAGCAUCCCGUCCACCUCCCUGUUCACCCUGCCCAGCUCUCCCAUGACACCCCGUGCGAGGCCAGUGACUCCCAUGCUACUCUCCACCUAAACUGCACAUGCAGAGCAAGGGGUGAAGACAUGGAAAUGACAACCACGAUUCCAAAUGCUACUGUCAAAUCUAGCUUACGUCGCCUCCACCAUCCUUUCGGCGUUCCCAUCGUUGUACAGCCAGAUGUGACCUUUUGUUUGCUUCACCAGUCCAACUACAUCACAGGCUACAGUCAAAACCGUCACAUGGCUCUUUGGGUGUCAUAUACCAUCUCCAAUCCGGCCACAGUGGAACCCCUGGUUCCAUCUGUGGAGGCGUGUAUUCGUGCUGACGCCCGCAUACCACCGGCCACCAGCCAGAUGUGCAGCAGCGACAACACCCACGGCCUGCUGCAUCCCCCCAACCUGAGUGGCAAAAAAGAUGGUGCAGACUCACUCAUCACAAGCAACAUGGUGCCAAUGUUCCCUGCAUUUAAAGAUGUUUGGCACCAUUUCCAUGGUGUCCUGCUUUCAAGAUACUCAGAGGAGCUAAAUGGACUCAAUGUCAUGAGUGGUCCAAUAUUUGAUGAAGAUUACAAUGGAAAAGUUGAUACCUUCAAGCCCCUUGCACCGAAUGAGGCUGCCACACCGACGCAUUUUUUCAUCAUCCUGACCAGUUGUAAAAAUUCCACUUUCGGACCCACUAACUGCCAGGGUCCUCUUCUGGUCAGGUCUUUCAUCCUGCCAAACAGAGUGGAGUACACUGAGCAAUGCACUACCGGCUCAGAUUUAACGUGGAUGCUGGACUGGAUAAAACUCCACACAGCCCGUGUUCGUGACAUCGAACUCCUGACCGGAUUGAGCUUCUACCACGAUAGGUUGUCAGUGGACGAGACGCUACAGCUCAAAACGUUUUUAAAAUAGUAUGUAGUUUGAACCAAAAAAAGACAUUUUGAUAAUUAAUGCAAUACACGGUGCCUUGUUUUUUUUUUCAUUAAGCAGGUAAAAUAAUCCCAAUGUCCAGGUUUAUAUUUUUUACUGGGAUUAUGACAACAACAACAGCAAAGGUUGUACAUACUAAACGCCAUACAUUGGUUGUAAAUAUUGUUAAUCGUGUCGUUGAAUGAUUUAUUUUCUUCUAAAGUUAAAUCAAAUAUAGACACCAUCUUGGUAAAAAUGUGCAUCGACAGUUCAGAAGUAAUCUUGCCCAUAGCUAGGAAGCUACAAGUGCAUCUCAUUAAAUUAGAAUAUUAUUAAAAUAUUCUAUUUAUUGGGUUGAGCUGAGUUAAAAGGCUCUGAUUGCCAUUUUAUAUCCAUGUUUUUUAUUUUUGUAUUUUCUUCACUUGUGAAUCUUUUUAUGAGAGUUAGAGUGUGUAGACCAUGGAAUGUAAAGUGCGUGAGUGUGUACUGUAUUUUUGGACAUGUAUGGAAUUUCUUAUGAUUGCAUUUCCUCUCCAUGAGACCCAAAAUUUGAUCCACAAAGUAAAAACUAA